AUGGCCAGCCUCCCAACCGACGCGAGCUUCGGGUCGGGAAUAAACUCCUUUCGGAAGGUUUCGACGAGGAUGCCAUUCGAGGGGGACGAUUCGCCCACUCCAUCGCCAGUAAAGGCUUCUUCCACUUACGCACAAUACGAGGAGCCGCAGAGUUGGACUACGGGCGACAGCGGUCCCGCGCUGGCUUCGGACGAAGAGUCAGACGAUGACAUCCGGCGACCUGUUGGAAAGGCGGCGAGACGUAUGCGUGGUGGCAAUGAGGACCGGCGUGCUGCAGGCACUGAGCAGCUCUCGAGACCUUCGUCUUUUGUGACGGAUGCCAACCCCGGAGCUGACGGGAGUGACGAUGAGCUCUACACGACAACGCCGCGCAAAGAGCGAACACAGUCUCUGGUCAAGGCUCCAUCCCCGCCCACAAGUGUGGCGCGGUCUGCUUUGUUUGUCAGCCCAUCCAAGUCACAAGAUGGGAGCGAGGACGAGCUUCCAUACAAGCCAUUUGACAGCAAAUCCAGGCUUGCCGAAUUGGUCGCUGAAAAGCGUGCUGAGCGUCUAGCCAGAGAGACCGAAGAGACCGACCGUCGCUCGUCGGCUCACAUGUCCUCAGAUUUGCCGAGUGAAUUACUGGAAGACUCUCAGGGGCCCGUCAACCCAGAGAUUGAACGCAUCAUGUCAGACGCCGCGAAGCCUACGCGGAAAGCGAGCAAGCGAGCAAUGCUAGAAAUGGAGCGAGAGACACAACGUCUCGCUCGACAGCAAGCACUGGCGCACCAAAUGAAAGUCAGGAAGAAGUUUACGACCUCCGACCUUUUCGCCAGGUUCAACUACCGUCCAGCAGGCGAGACCGCCAUUUCUGCAAAUGAUGCCGAAGUAUACACUUCGGCAUCGUCCGCGCCGAAUUCAGACGCCAUCGACGCUGCGGCCAGGGAGCCAGUCAGCACACCUCCUUCCAGCCCCCCGACGCCGCUGGAUCGACAAAGGGCGUUGGUCGAGCAAGGCGCCUUGAGCAAGAUGCGGCCUGUCCGGGAAGAUAGUCUAGCCAGUCUCGCAGAAUUUGGCGAUGGCGAGGACCUCAAAGACCUUGCCGCAAUCUUGAGCUCUUCUCAAAUGGCAAAGGCUGCUGAUAUUGCCUCGCACGGGAAUGCAGUUACGAUUUCACCUCCAAAGAGAGGUCUAAAACUUGCCCGACUAGGGAAGAAGGCCACGCGCGCCCACCGAGAUCAAAGCGAUGAUGAGCUGGAGAUUCUGAAAGCCCCUCGCGCUCACCUCGGCGUGUUCGACAAAGCCAAGGGAAUCCAAAAGCGCAAAAAUACCGACUCUACUGCCAUACACACACUCAAACAUCUCUCGCACAUCGGUGCUGAUUAUGCCACUGUCGGGAAGCGAAAGAAGACGAAUUCGCGGCCGUCGGUGAAUCCGCAAAUGCUUGAAGCCCAGCUUCGUAUGCGUGCCAAAGAACAAGCACGCGCUCAACAGCUCGAGCGCAUUGCAGAGCUGAAAGCCAAAGGUAUCGAAGUCCAGACUUCAGACGAACGCGAGAGGGCGCAGGAAGAAUUUGAGAAUUUGCUUGAGAAGGCAAGACAAGAUGCGGUCGAGCUUCGUAAAGCUGAAAAGGCUGCGAAGAAAGAGAAUGGUGGCCACGCCUCAGCCAGUGAUGACGAGAGCGAGGAUGAAGACUACGUCGACAACUCCGGCAGCGAGGUAGACGAUGAUGGAGAUGCUCAAAGGGGGCAUGAUCUAGUUGACGACGCAGCGGAUGAGAGUGAAGACGAGGAGGCCGACGACGACGAGAUCGGCGAGGCAGACGACGGGUUUGAAGAUGAGACCGACCAGCUCGACAACGCGCAGCCGAACGCACCGGAAGUGGAAGGGGAAGUGGUAGGAGACGUGGAGCACGUUGGUCAUGAAGAGCUUCGAAUGUUGCCAGCAAUGCUGCAGACUCCCGUGGUUGGACGCAAAUCCAGAAAGUCGCAUGUGGUCGUAGAUGAUGAAGACGACAGCGAUGUGGAACCGUCCCAGCAUUUCUCAAGCUCAGGCAACGCUGUGAGAGGUGGUGAAGAUGACACUGCUAGUGAGGAUCCUUUCGCUGCCUUCGGAUUUGGGGCAGUGAACCCCGGAAGCUCGUUGAUGAGCCCAACGCAGGCCUUCAACGCCACGAUGCAGACUCCCACGCAAGCCACCCAGGAAGAAUCUCAGGACAUCUUGCGCCGCUUGGUCCCGCCGAUGUCAUCAUCACUGCCGCCAAUAUCGCCUGCCAUAGCAAGUCAAGUGGGAACAGACAGCCAGGUAAGCUUUAUACCAGGAAGUCAGGUGCCCGAAAGCCAGCAGGUCGAUCUUGGCUGGGAGACGCAGCCACCAGAAACACCUGUGCCUGGCCUGAACAGAGGACGCUCGAGCGUGUCUCUUGAGACCCCAGGGUGGCAGCCAACUCAAGAUGCCGGUCUUCCCGACACGACGCCCACCCUAACACGAGAAAAUACAUUAGCUUGUAUUGAAGAAGAACAUGACACACAAUCGACUUUACGCCUGCGGAUCAGCGAGUCUCCCGACGUAGUGGCGGAAGGCAGUCGGAGACGCUUGGUGCGAGGCCAACGAGCCCUCGCUGAAUCAAGUGAUGAAGAAGCGGCCGCACCCCUCGCAUCCAGUAAAUUUGCAAAAAAAGAUGCAUUUCGCGAAAUGGCCAAGAAGCGCAAGCAGGCAAUGACGGCCGCGGAACUUGCUGAAGCCGAGCGCGAGGCCAAGCAGAUGAUGGACGAACAGGCCGAGGAAUCCGAAGACGAGUAUGCUGGACUCGGUGGUGAUGACUACGUUGCACCUGAAACAGAGCAGGACCGUGAGAUGAUUGACUCCAGCUACGUCGAUGUCAACGAGCGAGAACUGGCUGCUCAUUUCGCAGAAAGACAGCGCCUUGCAGAUGAGGCAGCUGCAAGUAAGCUGUACAAGGACUUGAUGACGGGGGGCCUAAGGAGAAAGCAGGCAAACAUGUUCGAUUUGGAUGAUGACGAGGACGACCUUGCUGUGCGCCGGCGCCAGAUGAGGCAGCGUGAAGAGGCCAGAAAGCGAAAGCUCUUGCUGCAAGACGACAACAUUGCCGGUCUAGCGGAGGGAAAGCAAAGCAAGGGCAAAGAUGCAUUUCUCAAAGCUAUAACCGACGCCGACGAACGAGACGACGACGGCUUGGAUCUCUCGGACGUAGAAGGGGACGAAGGCUCGGGAGCGACGCAGGCGUAUAGUCAGCCGUCGCAGCAAGCCGACUCGCAACCUGCACCUCUCCACGAGAUCAGUGGCAAUAAGAGACGCAUGGAUGAAGCACCCGAGGAACGUCCUCCAGCGAAGCAGCGUCGUACCAAGGCGUCUGCGUUCAGAGCACCGACGUCUCUUCUUGAGGUCAAGGAGUCGGUGAGCUUCCUGCUAGAUGAGCCCAAUGCUGCUCCCGUUGGGCCCAGCGUUCUUGAUCUGAGUUCCGAAUCUGAGGAAGAAGACGAGAAAGAGCCAGAAGAAGCAGCGUCUGACGAGGGAGAUGCAAUGCAGGAAGAGCUGGACAGACAGAACAACGGAGGUUUUGCUCCCGACCGAGUCGCCAUGCCUCCACCUCGCCUUCCUGCCUCACAGCGACGUACUGCCGCAAAGCCCGCCGUCGUAGAUCGGCUUUCGCUGAAGCGCGGCUCCAGUGCUUCUGAGAGCGGGCACAAUAGAACAGCAUGGACAGCACCAGCCAACGGCGGGUUCAAAGUUCCUUCGCUUCUUCGUCGGGCUACCACAAAUACCACCCUCAGUGCGAACGAGCGAGGCGUGUCUACUUCCGCUGGUCUUCCCCGAGAGAACAGCAGCGGGGUGAAGAUGGGAGGCAGCAAAAAAUCAUCGCUUGCAUAUCAAGCUCGAGCAGAGGAGCGGAAAGCCAUCGUCGAGGCAUCGGCCAGAAGGAGGCAGGAGAGUACAGCGCGCAUUGCACAGCUGCGGCGGGCUGCUAGCAGUGGCGGCUUUGGCAAAGGAAUGAGCGGUCGCUUCGAAUGA